AAUAACUAUAUACCGUAGCACAACGGCACGGGCCUAAGAGAAGUCAUGGCUCUUUGUAUCCAAAUCGAAAAAACAACCAAAACUCCACCAGCACAGAAAUCUUUGGAAUCCUUAUUUUAGGAGUCAUAGUUGUAAGAUCUCAUUGUUUACUAGGCCUCAGAUCGAGAGUUGUAGGAGAUUCAUUCACUUGAAUUUCUGCGACUUCAUCGCUAAGACAAGGUACGUUGCUAGAAUUAAGGAUCAUUACAUAUUUAAUCCUGUGUCUACCCGGACGGACCAUCAUCUGACUAAUUCCCAUCUUUGUUGCAGCAACUCAGCACAAACCCAUUCUCAACAACAAGUCAUGGAUUCUAUGAGAUCUUUGAAUACCUCUCUUCCCGGAGGUAAAUCUCCUUCAAAACAACAGAACUGCGACACCCCACAACAGCUUCUCAUCGCACAAUUCAAGGCGGCCGCUUUAUCCGUCACCAAUCUCUACAAGACCGCAGCGGCUGAUCAAGGAAGAGCUAGGGCUGAAGGUUAUCAGGAUGCACUGGAUGAGCUCUUAAGUUUCCUUGACAAAGAAGAUAUUGGAUUGAGUGAUGGCGAGGGUUGGAGGAUUCGAAGGUGGGCGACCGAGAGAUUAGAUGGUCGAGACACAACAUCACACAACGACAGCGACGACGAAGUUCCAGAGAAAACAGAUCGCGGAUCCUCACCAGUAAUUCAGAGAUCGCAAAGCGCAACUGAUAAUCCGACAUCAACUGUUAAAUCAACGAGAGCUACUUCGCCAAUGAGGACAGAGACAGCGCCUCCACCUCCGACCGUUGUAUUACCCGACCCAGAACCAGAACCUCCAACGAUCACGGAGCUUCCACAGAGCACAUUUACCUUUCGAUCCUCACAACAAUAUCCACAAGAUCCUGAUAUUUUAUUGUCAGAUUUGGAUUUAUCGGAUAAGAACCGUUCUCAAACCCACGAUUGUUUCACUAAUCAGCCAGCGGGUAUUUCCCACACUCGACCUUCACGAACCAACGCAAGACACAACAACCAUCCUUCUCGAUUAAAUGCUAGAUCUUCGACUUCUAUAAGCCGGGGCGCUGGUCAAAAGCGGAAAAUAAACUUUGGGGAUUUUUUCGACCUAGGGAAUCUAGGGCAUGGAGAUGAUUCUUUCGGUGGCGGCGGAAAGAGAGGAAGAUUCGUUUGAACGUCCAUCGCUUUUCCCGCGCAUUAUUUGUACAUAUCGAUGUAUUAUACCUCCUAUGGCAGGUACGGAACCACAUCUUUACAACAUUUGGUGGAUUAUGGACGAUUUUCAACGACCUUCACGAUAACAUGCCUACACAAUUUCGGAAAUUUUGUUCCUAAGAAGCAUUUACACGGGAUAAUGGAGUAGCGGAACAGAAGACCGUGCAUUGGAAGGCGUCAGUUAGACAGCGAAUUUAUCUGUCCAUGGGGGCAAGGCAUACCGGUAGUCUCUAUGUAUAGACUGCAUAUCAUUCAUAGUCAUCAAGUUAAAUACCCAUCGUUAAUUUUUGAGUUUUGAGUUGUACUUCCUGGCUUCCGGACCUUUGGACCUUUCUCGUAUUCGAGAUGUGCUACUGGGAAGAUGGGAAGAAACAUUGGCAACAUCUCAAUUAGUGUUGAGAAAAUUAUCAAUAAAAAUUUCCAACCUUAUUUAGUAGUGGCAAAUUUGAGAUUCCCAAA